CCAAUCGUCAUGAGCAGAUCCCGCUUUACAAGACGCCUGUUUCCUCUCUUGACUGCUGGAGUUGUGGGCACAGGCAUAUACGCAGUUGACAAUUGGACAGACGCUAAGCUUAUCCAACGCAACUGUCGCACGGCUUACAAUGGAAUGGCAGUAGCGAUUGAUUACAAAUUGAACUUUCAGCCUACCGCAGACAGGGACAUUCGGCCUAUUGAAGAGCUCCACAAAAGAACUGCCAACAGACUCUUUGAUGUAUUUGAGAAAAACGGUGGAUUGUACAUAAAGAUGGGCCAAGUGAUCGGCACCCAGGCAGCAAUUCUGCCCUUACCCUACCAAGAAAGAGCGCGUCGUCUUUUUGACUCUGCACCAGCAGUACCAUUCGAGGCAGUAGAGAGAGUGUUUAAGGAAGACUUUGGGUGUCUGCCUGAAAGCGUAUUUGAUGAAUUCGAUAAGACUCCUUUGGCGUCCGCAUCAAUUGCACAGGUGCACAAGGCCCGUCUGAAGAACGGCGAUAUCGUGGCAGUCAAGAUUCAGAAGCCAGCUAUUCAGAAGCAAAUUAACACGGAUCUGUUUUGCUACCGGGUACUUGCACAAGUAUAUGAGUACAUGUUCGACCUUCCUAUUACAUGGUCUACAGAUUAUGUAGAAGAUCAUCUUCGCAUGGAAGCUGACUUUGAAUGUGAAGCCAGAAAUGCGAUGAAAGCAUGGAAGCAUAUCCAAGACGAGCCUCGCCUUAGAGGCAAGGUGUAUAUUCCAAAGACAUACCCAGAACUCAGUUCAAAACGAGUGCUGGUGUGUGAAUGGAUCGAUGGAGUUCAGCUCACAGACACCGCUAGUAUUGCGGAACGCCACCUAGAUUUCAACUGGGCUAUGAAAACGGCCAUCAUGGCAUUUUCGAGCCAGAUAUUUAAGACCGGGUUUGUACAUGGUGACCCUCACCCAGGCAAUGUACUAGUUCGGUCUCAUCCCGACAAUCCCAAACACACGCAGGUAGUGCUAAUUGACCACGGCCUAUACAUCCAAGAGUCAGAAAAAUUCCGUAUUGAAUACUGUAGAAUGUGGGAAGCUUUAUUUAUGUUAGAUAUCAAGACAAUGCAAGAAAUAUGUAGUAGUUGGGGAAUCCACGAUGCCAAUAUGUUUGCGUCCUUGACCUUGCAAAAGCCAUUCUCACCCGAGAAAGCACUUCAUAUCCAGCAGAGUGUUGAUAUGCGCGACGUCUACGAUAUGCAAAUGAAUGCUAAGGAGCGUAUUAAACACUUCCUUAAAGACCAGUCUCUUUUUCCUCGAGAAAUCAUCUUCGUGUCUCGAAAUAUGAAUAUAAUGCGUGCUAAUAAUCGUCAAGUGGGAAGUCCAGUUAAUCGAAUUAAUAUUAUGGCACGCUGGGCAGUAAUUGGCCUUAAUACUUCGACGAGCAAAGGAAGCUGGCUGCAAACUGUCCGCCUAUCCUGGAAAUCAUUCCUGUUUGAAUCUACCCUAUUGUUAAUGACAGUUACUUUUUGGAUGGUGCGUUUCAGAGACGCUGUGGGAAGGGUUGUUUUUGGCAAUAAGCUUAAUGGAUUCGAAGAUGUCUUGGACAAGAAGAUGACAGAACAGCUGGAACGUCAGUUUGGAAUCAAGAUAGAUUCUUCAGUUUUCGAUGGUUAGAAUAUAAAGAAGAUUAGAGAAGAAAAGAAAUUGUUUUUUUACAGCUAUAUAUACAGCAAUUAAUUAUACUUAUAUCAGUUCAGCCAUGUACAAUAAACACAUAUAUGUGUUAGGCAAAUUUAUGUACAACAUUGUACUUUAAUUACAUUGACUAAAAUCAGACAGACAAGCAUAGGUUGACAAAGGCUUCUGUAGAAUUCAGGAGAAUAUAUUGACAUUCUCACAUUCAAAUCAAAGACAAGUAAAUGUUUUGGCUACAUAACAACCACAUAUCUAAUAAUUGAUCGUAAUUAUUAUAUUCUUGAUUUAACCAAAAAUACUAUCAUUAUUAUUAUACUUUUUUUAAAGAAAAUCUAAAGACUUGCUUAAUGGUAGAG